AUGCAGAGCGCACGGGCCACGCUGGGUAUUCUUCUCGCAGCCCUGGCGGGCCUCCUCCUCACCACCAUGCUUGCACCGACCUCGGGUCCGGACGGACUGCCGCUCCCGGCCUCGUUGCCUGCCCCGCUCCUCGCGGCUGCCCGCGACUGCGGCGACUCUCCGCCGCCAUCGCCGACUCGGUGCGAGCCAGCCCGCUGCGGGCGGCUUGCCGUCGAUGGCAUUGUUUCGCCCGAGCAUGCUGACGCCCUGCGCGCGCUGAUGGACGCCGCGCUGGCUGUCGGCGGCGGCGGAUCAGGUGGCGUCUCCAUCCUUGACCUGACCUCGGGCGCCGUCUCGCAUCGCAACCGCUUUGCGGAUCUCUUCCGGCUCCUUGCCGCCCGUCCAGAAGCUGGCCGACUGGACGCUACCGCGCUGGAUGUCUACGCGCACGUUGUGACCUCUGUCCGCGAUCUUAUCGCCAGCGUGUUCGAGGCCGAGACCGGCCGGCAGCUCUACCUCUCGUCGCCGACGUUUUUCUCGCGAUUCAACGGGAGCCAGCCGCCGGCAACCGAUCACGACGAGUACUGGCACACACACGUCGACACGGUUGCCUAUCCAGAUUUUACCUAUACCGGUCUGGUGUAUCUCGCCGAUCCGGCUGCGGUAGAUGGCGGUGACGGCGACGGCGACGGCGACGGCGACGGCUUUGCUGGCGGCGAGUUUGAGUUCACCGACACCGCCUCCCGCAUCGUACCGCGCAAGGGCCGGAUUCUUGUCUUUUCGUCUGGCGGCGAGAACCCGCACCGGGUCCGGCGAGUCACCGCGGGCCUCCGCUACGCUCUCACCAUCUCGUUCACCUGCGACCCCGCGCGUGGCAUCGACGACGCUGACUUUUUGGCACGGGCCCGUGCUGCCGCCACCCAAGCGUAG